AUGACUUUGGACUACAAGAAGCUCGUCACCGACGCCUACCAGCGAAUUUUCGGUGAUUUAGAUGUCGCAGCAGUGGAUGACUACAUGAGCCACGAUUUCAUUCAACACAAUCCGACGAUUGCUGAUGGUCCGUCUGGAGUGAAGGAGCUAAUUCAGAAGCUUAUUUCACAAGGCGUCAAGAAGCAGAAGAUUGAGUUCAAGCACAUUGUUGCGGAGGACGAUACUGUCAUUCUUCAUUCGCG